CCACACCGCCUUUUGCUGCGCCAGUCUCCUUUUCCUCCAGUCUGCGUUUUCCCUCCUGAGUGGAUUGCUUCUCCUGCAGCUUCUGUGUCAUUAUGGUGGCCGACUACUGGGCAUCGAUGGCUUCGCUGGCGGUGUUCUUCGCCUCGCUGGUGCUCCUGUGGUUGUACCGCUACCGCAGACACUUCGCGCGCCGAGGCGUUCCGUACCUACCGCCCGUACCCUUCGUGGGCAACAUGCUGCCUGUCGUCCUGGCUCGCGAAGCCCUAUCCGAGAGGGUGCUGAGUCUCUACCGCCAACUGCAGCCACAUGCUUACGCAGGAGUUUUCUACUUCAGAGAACCUGUCUUUAUGAUCAACGAUCCAGAGAUCAUUCGCGCAGUCACCGUCAAAGACUUCGACCACUUCACCGAUCACUUGCCAUUCGGGGUCACCGAUAGAGCUAAUCCUCUGUUCAAGAGGAUGCUGUUUUGUCUAACAGGAAAAGAAUGGCAGACCAUGCGCUCGACACUCUCUCCAGCAUACACCACAAUGAAGAUGAAGAACAUGUUCGUGCUGAUGUCUGAAACUGGCCUGCAAGUGGUUGACUAUUUGAUGAAAGUAACCAACGAAGAUGAUGACGGCUCCGUGACUCUGGAGAUGAAGGACUUCUACGCCCGCGUGACAAACGACGUAAUAGCUUCAACAGCCUUCGGUUUCCGAGUUGACUCCAUAUCGAACCCGGACAAUGAGUUCUACCGUAUGGGACGCGACCUGACAAACUUCAGCGGGCUGCGGGGACUCAUCGCCAUAGGCUAUAUGAUAUUCCCGAGCCUUAUGGAGUUCUUGAACAUACCGUUCUUCCAUCCCAGGACGGAGGGAUUCUUCAGAUCGCUGGUUUCUGAGGCAAUCAGAGUACGUGAAGAACAGAAAAUCGAGAGACAGGAUUUGAUUCAAUUACUUAUGCAGAUCAGAGGUGGUGAGUGUGCAUCUCAAGCAGAUGAAGACGGAAGAAGCUCUGGAAGCAAGAGAACAGUCUUGGAUGAAGACGGCAUCGCGGCCCAAGCGAUGACUUUUUUCUUCGCCGGUUUCGAGACUGUAUCCACACUGAUGACAUUCUGCAGCUACUUGUUAGCCACACACGAGGACGUGCAGUGGCGGCUACACCGGGAAGUGAAGGGCAUCGUGGAGGGCAGCGGCGGGCAGCCCAGCUAUGAACACGUCAUGGGGUGCCAGUACCUCGACAUGGUCAUCUCAGAGACGCUGAGACUGCACUCUCCAGCGGCUGUGCUGGAUCGCCAGUGCACACGCCCGUACGUGCUUCCAGCCACAGAGACUUGCCCAGGAGUCGAACUGCGACCUGGAGAUGGCAUCUGGGUGCCCGUGCACGGCAUCCACCGCGACCCCAAUUACUUUCCUGAGCCAGAUCGCUUCGACCCAGAACGAUUCAGCCCGAAGAACAAGCACCGCAUCAAACCAUUCACCUACUUCCCAUUUGGAUCUGGACCUCGGAGCUGCAUUGCUCAAAGGUUCGCGUUACUGGAGACGAAGGUGCUGCUGGUGCAUCUAUUGUCUCGGUUCCAGCUGCAGCUGGAUCCAAGGACCACCACACCACUGGAGCUGGAUACCAAGAACUUCGGGCUGAACAUCAAGGGUGGGACGUGGCUGUGUCUGCGGAGGAGAAAAUGACUGCUGUCCCAGAAGGCUCUUAGAUAAACAUCUGCGAAUCAAAUAAGACAGGUACUUACGUGCAGGCAAGGGGUACAUUUAAGGCAGUGCGCCUCACAAACGGUCGUAGUUUUCUAUGCCAUUCACCCAUCCAUCCAUUAUGUUUCGUAGGUUCCAUCAAGACAGACUGCGCAUAGGGUAUACGUUGUUGACAAGGCGGGAUCAACUACUAGAGACUUUAUCCGUAUGGUGUAUGAACAGUAACCUAUCACUGCACAAGGUGUAACAAAAAGGUAUGGCCACUCUUCCAGGAAACAUUCCUCAUAUGUAGAGGAGGAAAAUAUGUUAUAUGCACAUCGAAACUUCUUUAUUUAAAUGACUGUGUCUAUACUUAAAUUUCUGAAAGACUGAGACCCACAAUAUCCUAGCGCAACGCAAUCUGACUGCUCAAAAAAAGAUAAUCUGAAUUCAAAUGAAGGGCUUAUUUCAAUAGUGGUACAAGUCCAUUUUUGUUCAUUUUGAGUUACAGAGUCCUAAAUUAAAGGAGCGGUGAAAGAUCUGCAGUUGAGAUACCAGAAAUAUUCAAGCAUAUUGCUUCUUUCUAGAGAUGAACCUUUCUUUCUGUUUGUUUGGAUUAUUAAUUCCAGAAGCAUUAUAGGCAGAAAAGUGGAGUAAUGGACUUGUACCACUAUUUAAAUCAGCCCUUCAAAUAAUUAAUUAAAAAUAAUAGCCCUGACUAAAAAGAAAUCCUAACAAUAACCUAUAUCCUUCAUGAAUCACUGACCUCUCAAAAAUCUUCAUUACACGAACUUCUGCAAUACGGUGAGCCCCAACACUCCCAGCUAAAUGAAAGAUUCUAACUCAUAAAGUCACUAACUACUAAUAGGCAUAUGGUUAGCAAAUGAAAGAUUUUGGUGCAAACUAAAUAAUGUAUUUUUUACCUUAAUAAUGACACAGAAAAUUCAAACACGCAUAUAAAUCGUCAUUGACAUCCAGUACAAAGAUAUGUAAUCAUGAAUAAUAUACAAUCUCCAAAUCAGAUACUUCCAGAUCGUUAGCUUACGCUAAUACUUCAGACCUCUACCCUUCAUCGAUGUAACUUCUCACAUUUAACAUCCACCACUGCUGGAUGUUCACCUCCAACUGCCCAACAGUACUUCCAUGACUGCUGGCGACUAACUUCCAACUGCCCAACAGUACUGGCGAUUAACUUCCAACAACGAGUCCGACCAGCCACAGAGUCUCUUACGAAAAAAGUGCAGUCAGAGAUCCAAUGCAAAGCGCUACACAGCGCUGCCAACAUACAAGCAGCCCACUGUGUCCAAAAACUCUGUAUUUCCAUGUUGAAGCUAAGUUUCUACAAUCCUUACACAGAUUAAUCAUCUGCUUUGAAAUGAAGCCUCAUCCGCGAACAGCAUGUUCGCACUAAAUUUGGGAUUGACACACUACUGACUAAACCAUUCGUGGCCGCGCAGGAAAUUUGGCUGCUGCCGAGGUUUCUUUGUCCUUCUAGGUCUCUUCAGUCUCGAGUAAUAGACGUAACCGUUCCAUGCGCCCCAAGAUGAUGAUCAGUUGCUUCAUGCAUCCUCCUGUCGCAGCACCAUCAUUCUGGAAAUCUGAUCCAGAUCAAACGUUGAGCGCUAAGGCCAUUACCAUCCACUAAUCUGUACUCCGCAUUUGAGUAUGCUUCCAUUGUGCUGUACCUGAAACCAGGUCCGUGACGAUGCUACGUUCUUGAUGUUGGUGUCAGUUGCACGUUACCACUACCUUCAUGUAGCUGGAGCAAUUAACGUUGGCAAUGAACUUAAGAAUUACAGCUUACUACACAUUCUGGCCAAAAGCUACCAAGAAGGUUUUUUGAACAUUUCAUCUAAGAAAACGUGUCAUAUAAUGCUUGUACGUUCUGUUUCUGUGGAUUUACCAUGAUUAAUGUGAUUACGAUGAGAAGUAGAAAAUCAGCUCAACAUGGAAAUGACCCAUGUCGAUAUAACACAUUUUAUUCCUUUGUAUGAGGGAUGUUUCCUGAAAGCUUGGCCAUACCAUUCUCUUACACCCUUCAUUUCUGAGUUCUAGUUAUGCUUAAGAUAGUAAAUGUAACCUAGUAAACAAGCAAGAAAAGCUCAUGUUCGUAAAAACUGCUGCCUUUAAAAGAAGCUGCUGCUUCCUCAGGUACUGUAUAUUAAAUAGCUGUCGUUAUGGGAAUCCUCAAAAUGGAAAAUAUUGACGUGAAAUAAAGAAUUAUAAACUUUUCGCUAUUUACACACGAGUAACUUUUAUUAUCGAUGUGCGGUUACAGGGUUCCACGAAAAAGAAAAGUCGUCGAAUAUAAUUUUUCUUUGUAUCAGGAUACAAUAGAUAAUUUAUUAAAAUUAUGUUCUAGUUAUAAGUUCUAGCUGGAAAUUGUUUAGAACUUUAUUUCAAACAUACAGUGUUCAAAUUAGUCUAUUUAUAGUAUCUCACCACUACAAAUCAUAAAUCUGGAAAUUCAGUUUUAACGUGCCAUGCAAGUAAUUUAUUACCAAAGCUAGGUGACUAUUUAAUUGCCAAAGAUGUGUGUCUUCAGACAAGAAGGUGUUCAUCAUAUAAUGAAACGUAAUUGGACAUUUUGAUAACUGUUUUAAUUAAAUUGUUAGUUAUGAUUGUUCCUGUAUAAUAAAAAAAUACAAAUUUAAUCAAAAAGUAAACAGCAGACGUCACAAAACUUAAUUAGGUGAAAGCAUUAUGUGUUGUCAACAUUCAAAUUCUUUUGACAAAACAAUCUAUAAGGUCAAACUCUUCACUUUAAUUUGUUUAAAAUUAAAAGGUUUAAUGUGAAACUAUCACCGUUACAUACUGUACAUGUACAUGGCUGAGUUGUGAAGAACAUAGUACGAUAUUAAAGUUUAUCAGUGCAU